GGUGCUUCUUCUCACAGAGAUCUCUGAAAACUCUGCAAUGGCGUCGAAGAGCGAGUCUAACAACCACCACCGCACGGACUUCGAGAAGAUGAACGGAGAAUCUUUGCCGUCAGAAGACAGGUGUCCUGUGGAGGAGGUGGCGCUGGUUGUCCCGGAAACUGACGACACAUCACUACCGGUUCUGACAUUCCGAGCUUGGUUCCUGGGUUUAACCUCGUGUACGGUCCUCAUAGCCCUAAACACCUUCUUCAUCUACCGUACACAGCCCUUGACCAUCUCUGCAAUUCUCAUGCAAAUAGCCGUGCUGCCCAUCGGAAAGUUCAUGGCAAAGACGCUUCCGACGAAGAAGUACACGGUGUUGGGUCAAAGUUUCAGCUUGAAUCCUGGGCCGUUCAAUAUGAAGGAGCAUGUGAUCAUCACUGUCUUUGCUAAUUGUGGGGUUUCUAUCGGUGGGGGUGAUGCGUACUCGAUUGGAGCCAUUACUGUCAUGAAGGGUUAUUAUAAACAGAGUUUGAACUUCUUGUGUGCUCUCCUUAUUGUCUUGACAACUCAGCUAGUGGGGUAUGGAUGGGCUGGGAUGUUGAGGAAGUACCUGGUUGAUCCUGUUGAAAUGUGGUGGCCUUCAAACCUUGCUCAGGUUUCUCUGUUUAGAGCACUUCACGAAAAGGAUCCAAAAUCGAAAGGCAUGAGCAGGAUGCAAUUUUUCCUUAUCUUCAUGACAGCAAGCUUCCUCUAUUACACACUUCCAGGCUAUUUGUUCCCAAUUUUGACAUUCUUCUCGUGGGUGUGUUGGGUUUGGCCUCACAGUAUCACAGCUCAACAAAUUGGGUCUGGUUACCAUGGACUUGGUGUGGGUGCCUUCACCAUCGAUUGGGCUGGGAUUUCGGCUUAUCAUGGCAGCCCAUUAGUAACACCCUGGUUUUCCAUUCUUAACGUCGGGGUUGGGUUUAUCAUGUUUGUAUACAUAAUUGUCCCUGUGUGUUACUGGAAAUUCAACACUUUUGAUGCCCGCAAAUUCCCAAUAUUUUCUAACCAGCUCUUCACUUCCACCGGCCACAAAUAUGAUACCACUAAGAUUUUGACUCCACUGUAUGAUCUUAAUGUUGCUGCCUAUGAUAGUUACGGCAAACUUUAUCUCAGCCCGCUGUUUGCUCUUUCAAUUGGAUCAGGAUUUGCAAGAUUUACAGCAACCCUCACUCACGUGGCACUUUUUCAUGGCGGUGAUAUCUGGAAGCAAAGUAAGUCUGCAGUGAAGAAUGUGAAAUUGGACAUACAUGCAAAACUGAUGAAAAGUUACAAACAAGUGCCGCAAUGGUGGUAUCUUGUCCUACUAAUAGGGAGCAUUGUCCUAUCCAUCCUCGUGUCGUUUGUGUGGAAAGAAGAUGUGCAGCUGCCGUGGUGGGGGAUGAUCCUUGCCUUUGCGUUGGCUUGGAUUGUUACCCUCCCAAUUGGAGUCAUUCAAGCAACAACUAACCAGCAACCUGGAAUUGACAUCGUCGCGCAGUUCAUAAUUGGGUUUGUCCUUCCAGGAAAACCCAUUGCAAACUUGCUUUUCAAGAUUUAUGGAAGAAUCAGUUGUAUUCAUGCUCUCUCUUUCCUGUCUGAUCUUAAGCUUGGGCAUUACAUGAAAAUUCCACCACGGUGCAUGUACACAGCUCAGCUGGUGGGAACACUAGUUUCUGGUACAGCCAACCUUGCAGUUUCAUGGUGGAUGUUAGAGAACAUUGAGAACUUAUGUGACAUCGAAGCCCUCCACCCAGAGAGCCCAUGGACAUGCCCUAAAUUCCGAGUCACCUUUGAUGCUUCUGUUAUAUGGGGGCUAAUUGGACCAGAGAGGCUCUUUGGACCUGGAGGGUUGUACAGGAAUUUGGUAUGGUUAUUCCUUGUGGGAGCUGUCUUGCCGGUACCUAUUUGGAUACUCAGCAAAAUAUUCCCAGAAAAGAAAUGGAUUCCCUUGAUCAAUAUACCAGUUAUAACUUAUGGUUUUGCUGGAAUGCCACCGGCAACUCCCACCAAUAUAGCUAGCUGGCUUAUCACGGGGACCAUCUUCAACUACUUUGUGUUCAGAUACCGGAAAGGAUGGUGGCAGAAAUAUAACUAUGUUCUGUCCGCGGCAUUGGAUGCUGGCACUGCUUUCAUGGGUGUUCUGCUCUUCUUUGCAUUGCAGAAUGAGGGCCAUAACAUAAAGUGGUGGGGUUCGGAGCCUGAUCACUGUCCCCUGGCAACAUGCCCUACAGCACCAGGCAUUGUGGUUAAAGGUUGCCCAGUUUUUAAGUAGCCACCACCCAUUCUUGGAAUCUUCAGGUAUCUGAAGAUUCCAAGACAAUUUAGAAAUUUUAAUAGAGGAUGCCAAAGUUUGUUAGGACUUCGUUAUAGAAAAGUCGCUAUAAAUUUGAAUAACAAAUUGCGCGCUUAGUACUAUUACUACUGUAUAGGGUAAAUGCUUCUGAACUUUUUGCUAGUGCAGGAGGAGAGGAGGGUAGAAUUUUGUUCUUCUUAAGCAAUAUAUGAUUGUGAUUAGUAGAUGCAGUCAGCUAUUAUGGUUUUGCUCCCAAGAAAACAAAGGAGACGUGCUGCAUGUGUGACUUUUAAGUAUAGAAGAGAAAAAGAUGAAUUUUCUUUAAGAAAA